CAGACGAAGCCUCUGUGCGAAAACAUCCCGGAUGUCGGCGCGGCUCGGUCUCGUGUCACUCUCUCCUUCUCAUCACAACCCGCUUCCUCCUACCCGACUGCGACGAAGCCGGAGAUAGUUGGAGUCCGUGGACGUCUUUGAUGUCGCCGACAGUAACGCUGAGCCUCCCUCGCUGACUGGAAGCGCGUUUGCCCGCGGUGACCCGUUAUUUCCUGAGAUGUAGCCCAGGCUGAACCUCCGUCAUCGGGGAACUCUCAGAAAUGUCUGCGGAAACUUCUUCAUCUUCGGAUGGAGGACAGUUGUGAGACAAAGCCGUCGCCGCUGGCUCGGGUUCUCCCCUGAUUUGCUUGAUUGACAAGCUGAAGUCUUCUCUGACUUUCAGUGACGAUGGAGGAGGUCAGGUUCUGAGUGACAGCAAUCAUGUCUUGGGGGGAGUUCAUCGAGCUGCACGAGCUGCACGCGAGCGGGGAGCGCGUUGAGCUGACUGGAACGCACGCGCCGUGCUCGCCGCCGCGCCUGGAGAGAACCAACGCCCUGAGGAUCAACGCCGCCAAGGUCCCGGACCUGCUGAGCCGGGUGGGCAUCAUCAGAGUCCUGAGCAGCGCCCACGACCCGGCGCUGCCCGAGGAGAAGGGGGAGGGGCACCACUUCCUGCCCUGCAGCCACGCUCAGCCCACGUGGUGCGACCUGUGCGGAGACUUCAUCUGGGGCCUUUACAAGCAGAGCCUGCGCUGUGUCAACUGUCGGUUCACAUGUCACUACCGCUGUCGCCCGCUGAUCCAGCUGGACUGCAGCUGGGACCGAGGCUCUGCAUCGGACCAAACUGGUGUCGUGGAGCACGCUAUAGAAACGGACACGAAUGUGGACGAACAGAUUGAUUGGGGCAAGCAGGAGUUGACAACUCCAGAUAUUAAGCAGAAGGUGAAGGAAUACAACGCUCAAAUCAACAGCAAUCUGUUCAUGAAUGUGAAUAAGGACGGCUCCUACACUGGAUUCGUCAAAGUGCAGUUCAAGUUGGCGCGGCCUGUUUCUGUUACUCCUCCCAAGAAAGGAGGUCAUGAAGCUGGAGGGAGGAGGGGCAGCGGAGUGAAGCGCCGCACCUCUUUUUACCUGCCGAAGGAUGCGUCCAAGCACCUGCACAUCAGCUCACGCACUUCUUCCCGUGAGGUCAUUGAGGCCUUGCUAAAAAAGUUUACAGUGGUAGACAAUCCUGCAAAGUUCGCUCUUUUUGAGCGCAGUGAGCGUCAUGACCAAGUUUAUGUUCGUAAACUGUCUGAUGACGAGCGUCCCCUCCGCCUGCGUCUGUGUGCUGGGCCCAGUGAGAAAGUCCUCAGUUUUGUCCUCAAAGAGAACGAAACUGGAGAAGUCAAUUGGCAUGCCUUCUCCAUGCCUGAACUGAACAACUUUCUGCGCAUUCUGCAGCGUGAAGAGGAGGAGCACAUCAAACAGAUCGUGCAGCGUUACGCUCUGGCCCGCACCAAGAUGCAGGAAGCUCUUGCUGGUUCCACCCCUGGCUGAGACGUCGCUGCGCUUGGGGUUACAUGUGCACUUUUUGGCUGGGCACCUGAAGACAACCGGCCAAUGCUGCAUCCAAAGAUCCCAGAGAACACAAGUCUGAACACCUCUUUGGUGAACGAGAGAGUGAGACAGGGCGCAAGACAGUGAGAGAGAGAGCUAGCGCGAAUGUGCGUGUGAAAUGAUGCGAGAAGUGAGAAGUGCCUUACACCUGGAGAGUCUGAUGUGCCUGAGAGAAUGAGUUGAGAGAAAUGAAGACUGGCUAAAGAGACCAUGGUCAUAUGCCCCAUUGGGUAUCAUCUGAUUUUCCUGUACCUCAGCCGUGACACGUUUAGCAUUAGAGAAACUGUCAGAGAUGGUUUUAGUUAUUUUUAGGUUUAAAAUAGACCCCUGUGUCAGUGAUGCAUAAGUAGGACAAGUCCUGAAGAUGAGUACUGUCACAUCCAAGUGAAAAAAGGAGGUUCUGUUAAUGAUCAAAAUUAGACCUACACAGUUACCCUGUUGUGUUAAACGUGCUGAAGGUAUUUAGAGUCUCAUUUGACCCGGGCUCGAAGGUCUGCCAUGUCCUCUCUACACCCUGAUGGGUGCAACUCUUCUUUUUAAUAUCACUGUCAAUUUGUGAGUAUGAUGAAUGGACAUUUGUAAUUAUGAAUGUCGAGAGAGUCACACUGGUUGACUGGAACAAUGAAUGAAUAUUGAUAAAUGUACUUUCAACUUUCAUUUCUUUUUUCCUAUAUUUUUGUUUUCUUUCCUGUCCUUUAAAAAUGUUUGUCCACUAUUUUUCAGGGUCACUUUUAUUAUAUCUGUCUGUCCACACAUUGGUGUUGUAGCACUUCACAAAUGUGCACUGUGUUCAGUAAAGAAUUCUUAUUCCAGUA